ACAUUUAUCCAAAACCGAAAUCCAACAAACCCUACCUUGAUUUUCACAGUACGAUACAACUUAUAACAUAUAGUAAAUUAAAACCCUAAAAUCCCAAAUGCGAGGCCAUCGUCGCUUUUGUCUCGUCCAUCAUCGUGAUCUGAUGAAUUCGUCUUCCCCAACCCACCGUCUUUACCAGUAGUAGUCUGCUUAACCAAUCCAAGGUGUGCCAGAACCGGUCUUUAACUAGAUAGAUUGAUAGAGGACGGGAUUGCAGAUCUCAUCGUCAGGAGGGUGGAUUCGGGUGAAAUAAAAUAAUUUCAGGCUGCUUCCUCUCUGAUAUGCGGAAUUUGGGGAAGAAGACGUCCCUGUGAGGUCCUUCGGAGAGCAACAAAGAACGAGGGAGGUUUCCCAGAAAUAAACAGAAUAGGGGAGGUUUUCCUCGUCUUGGAUUGGAUCGGAAUUCAUUUUGCAGCUUACAGAAAUGGGGGAUGUGGCCGAUAAAUUGGCGUAUUUUCAAGCAAUUACGGGCCUCGAAGACACGGAUUUGUGCACUGAAAUUCUCUCCGCUCACAAUUGGGACCUCGAAUUGGCGAUUUCGUCCAUCACCUCCACCGACACUCACCGGCCUUCGUCCUCCUCAGUAUCCGCAUCCGCCAGUACGCGGUCGAAUCAGGAGGAAGGUCAAGGCCUUUUGCUGCCCGCUAAUGGUAAUGAUCAACCCCCCGGUCUCGCUUGGAAGUUAGUGACACUUCCUUUCUCCGUCAUUUCCGGAAGCCUAGGGUUGAUUUCCGGGGCAAUUGGACUAGGUAUGUGGGCGGCAGGAGGCGUUUUGUCUUAUUCCCUUGGCAUGAUUGGUUUGAACGGCGCGUCUAGGGCUGGGACAGCGUCGCCGGCGGCGUCACAGUCGGCCACGGAGGCGAUCGGAUUUGUUUCGAGUUUUGAGAGGGAGUAUGGGAGAUUGAGGCCGAAUUUCGCAACCGAGGGUUUCAUGGAUGCCUUGCAGAGGUCUCGACAUGAGUAUAAGCUAUUGUUUGUUUACUUGCACUCGCCGGAGCACCCUGACACGCCGGAGUUUUGUGCGAGGACAUUGUGCAAUGAGCUUUUAGUUGCCUUCUUGAACGAGAAUUUUGUGUCGUGGGGAGGGAGUGUCAAGUCUAGUGAAGGGUUCAAAAUGAGUAAUAGUUUGAAAGCUUCCAGGUUUCCAUUUUGUGCUGUUGUUAUGGCAGCAACGAAUCAGAGGAUCGCCUUGCUACAACAGGUUGAGGGCCCAAAAUCUCCGCAAGAAAUGAUGACAGCACUGCAGAGAGUGCUCGAAGAAAGUGCUCCAGUUCUCGUUUCAGCAAGGGCUGAAGCUGAAGAAAGAAGAAACAAUAUACGGCUGCGAGAGGAACAGGAUGCUGCUUAUCGAGCAGCACUAGAGGCUGAUCAAGCUCGGGAGCGCCAGAGGAGAGAAGAACAGGAACGGCUGGAGCGUGAAGCUGCCGAAGCUGAGAGGAAAAGGAAAGAGGAAGAGGAGGCCCAGGAAAGAGCCGCACGAGAAGCAGCUGAGAGAGAAGCUGCUUUAGCUAAGAUGCGUGAGGAGAAAGCUCGAUCCCUUGGCCCCGAACCUGAGAAAGGGCCUGAUGUUACUCAAGUAUUGGUUCGAUUUCCAUCUGGAGAGCGGAAAGAGAGGAGAUUCCAUUGCAGUGCAAGAAUACAAUCUCUGUAUGACUACGUCGAUUGUUUAGGAUGCUUAGAAGUUAAUGGAUACAGGCUGGUCUCCAACUUUCCCCGUACUGUUUACAGCGAAGACAAGUUCUCUCUGUCCCUGAAGGAAGCCGGAUUACAUCCACAGGCAAGCCUUUUUGUCGAGUUGACCUAAUCUUAUCAUAAUCAUAAUCAUUAUCAUAAUCAUAAUCAUAAUAAUUAUGUGUACGUGAUCGACUUGACUUGUUGGUAGGUGGAUUGUUUUAUCUAUUGCAUCAAUACAGCAAGCAUGGCAUGCUAUAUAUAUAUAUAUAUAUAUUUGCCUUUGUUUGUUUGGAACAAAUAUUCAGUGAUUUCUUCUUCUGUAUUGGGAGUUGUUUAGAAAGCAA